AUGGUAAAAAGCAACAGAGAUGAGUUGCAGGUACAGGAAUUGAUAGAAGAGACUCAGGGCCAGUUCUGCAUCUUCUUUGCAUGCUUGUUAUCACCCAGGCACAACUUUGAAUUGUCUGCACUGUGGAGCAGGAGCAGGACUCCUUGCAGGAGCUCUGAUUACAUCAGAGAUGCACUGCAGAAUUCAAAAUACUGCAGAGGACACUGGGGGGGAAACAACACUUGCAGUGGAAUUUUAUCAUGUUUCUCAUGAGUUCUAUUUCUUUCCCUCAGAAGGGCAUCUUUAAUAAUUCUUUUCCCAUUGCCUCGGAGUCUGGCAUCCUUCCUGACUUUUGGCUGCAAGUAUGUACCACUCCUGGUGUGGUUUAUAAACCCAGCUUCUGAAAAGGAGGGUCCUGUGGCUCAGCAAGUGGCCCUGGCAGGGGGGCUGUCCCUGGGGUGCACAUCCAAGGGAGAAGACACUCGCAGAAGCAGCGAAGGGAUGCAAAGUUGUCUUCCAAGAUGACUCUUAUGCCUGGAGAAAAUUCCGACUAUGACUAUAGCGCCCUGAGCUGUACUUCAGAUGCUUCCUUCAACCACACGUUCUUUCCAGAAUCCGAAACCCUCAAGGGAGUGUUUUACCAAAGAGCCAGGCUAAUCCACCCUCAGGAGGAUCUCCUCAAAGGCUUCCACCCCGACGACCGCAAGCGCCACAUCAUCAUCAACGUGGGCGGCAUCAAGUACCUGCUGCCCUGGACCACGCUGGACGAGUUCCCGCUGACACGCCUGGGACAGCUCAAGUUCUGCACUAACUUUGACGACAUUCUGAACAUCUGUGACGAUUACGACGUGACGUGCAACGAAUUCUUCUUCGACCGCAACCCGGGGGCGUUCAGGACCAUCCUGACCUUCCUGAGGGUUGGCAAACUGCGGCUCCUGCGGGAGAUGUGCGCGCUGUCCUUCCAAGAGGAGCUGCUCUACUGGGGCAUUGAGGAAGACAACUUGGACUGGUGUUGUAAAAGGAGAUACCUGCAAAAAAUGGAGGAGCUCACAGAGAUUAAUGAACGGGAGGAUGACCUCCUAGAAAAUGAAACAACAGGUGAAACAGUAGAGGAGACAAAAAUUGGUUUGUGCAUGAAAAAGUUGCAAGACAUGGUGGAAAGGCCCCAGUCUGGCCUUCCUGGAAAGGUGUUUGCGUGUUUGUCUGUUUUGUUUGUAACUAUUACAGCAGUGAACUUAUCCAUCAGCACCAUGCCUGACCUGAGGGAGGAGGAGGAAAAGGGUGAGUGUUCCCAGAUGUGCUACAAUAUUUUCAUUGUGGAGUCCGUGUGUGUGGCAUGGUUCUCCCUGGAGUUCCUGCUCAGAUUCAUCCAGGCCAAGAGCAAGUUCUCGUUCCUGCGGCGGCCGCUGACACUGAUAGACAUAAUCGCCAUCCUGCCCUACUACAUCACCCUGCUGGUGGACACGGGCUCCGAGGGCUCCAAGAAGCCCAGCUCGGGCAACAUCUACCUGGACAAGGUGGGGCUGGUGCUGCGGAUCCUGCGGGCGCUGCGCAUCCUGUACGUGAUGCGGCUGGCGCGGCACUCGCUGGGGCUGCAGACGCUGGGGCUGACGGCGCGGCGCUGCACGCGCGAGUUCGGCCUCCUGCUGCUCUUCCUCUGCGUGGCCAUCGCGCUCUUCGCACCCCUGCUCUACGUCAUCGAGAACGAGAUGGCCGCCUCGCAGGAGUUCACCAGCAUCCCCGCCUGCUACUGGUGGGCUGUCAUCACCAUGACCACCGUGGGAUACGGGGACAUGGUGCCCAGGAGCAUCCCCGGGCAGGUGGUGGCUCUGAGCAGCAUCCUGAGCGGAAUCCUGCUCAUGGCCUUCCCGGUCACCUCCAUCUUCCACACCUUCUCGCGCUCCUACCUGGAGCUGAAGCAGGAGCAGGAGAGGAUCAUGUACAGGAGAGCGCAGUUCCUGCUGAAAGCCAAGUCUCAGAUGAGCAAUGAGUCACAGGGCAGCGAGGUUUUGUUCACCACUCUCUCUUCCGAGACCAGGGACAACGAAUGAAAUUUAUGUUGCUGUUUCUCUUGCUGUCAUUGUGUCAGAUUCCAUCUUUUAAUUCGCUCUGGGAGCACCUUACCAAGGUAAAUCCUCAUAUUAAAAGGGAGAGAAGGAGCCCUGAGCAGGACCUGACGUGGGUUAAGAAGUCUGUUAUUGUGCUGUUCCUUCCUCCCCCCCGUACAAUGUAUAGGGCAGAACCUUCACUGAGAUCAUGCAGAGGGAUUUAAGGAAUUAAACCUUCUCUGGCAACAACAACAAAAAAAGAGCAACAUAUAAUUAUGCACUUGACAGGCUGUUUUGCCAUUUGUAAUACACAUUUUUCCAACCGAAUCACACACAAUGUACAUAAUCAUUAUUCAGGCCACCAUUUUUCUUGUUCUCCUUGUAUAUAAAUAAUGUAAAUACAUCAGGAUUAAUGGCUAAAUUCUCUCCCAGUAACUCGCCCUAGAGCGUAAUGGAAAUAACCACAGAUGUUUGUCCCAUUGUGCUUUAAAAAAGUCAAGUGAGAUUCGCCACUCACCACAGAACCAGCUCUGUCUCUGCAGGUCAGCCCUAACCACAGCAGAACAGAAGAAUGGAGCUGCUCAUGGCAUAACCUUGCUAAAGAUGUAAAUACUCAGAGCUCACCAGCUUCAAAAUUGAAUUGAUGUUAGAGCAUUGAUCCGAUGCCAUGGAAUGCAACAUUCCAGGGAACAAAGCCUUGGAGUUUGGUAGCACUUAAUGCCAUUACCAAGAAUGACUAGCUGCAAAUCCACUGAAAAUGCAUGAGGAGAUGCCAGCCUUCCCCAGCAGCUGUUCCCACCUCACCAUCCCUCAGCUCUGCAGGGGAACUGGGACAGGGCAGAUCCCAGGGACCCCAGCACUGCUGGGCAAACUGGGGCCACCCCUUCCACAGAGGCAUGAGCAGGAAAUGUGUGAGGGAAAAGGAAAAUGUGAUUUGAGCCGUGGAGGGGUGCACUGAGAGCUUUGUGCUUCACUGUCCUGCACCAGGAGGGACUCGGGACAGGAUUCACUUCACCCUGCCAUGGUCACACACGUGGGGGUAAUGGGGAGCAUUUGAAAUGGGACAGGAAAAAGCAAAGAACACCCUAAAGCACAGCCAGGUCUUGUUCACCUUGGGCCAGGCUCUGUGCUGAGGGCAGGGGGAGCACAGGGGGUGUUUGGGUUUGGCACAGGUUUCUGUGCAGGUUCAUGGCACACCCCAUUUAUUUUAGAGGGAGUGACACUGACUUGCAGAACAGCUCAGGAGAAAAAACUUCAGAACUUAAAAAAUAAUUCAAUCCACUUUUUUGAUUUCAUGUGUGCUUAGAGGUAAAGGAAAGCUGAUUUAAGGAGUUUCACCUAUUUCCCACUCUUUUUUAGUUAAAUGACUUAAUAGCAGUUAAGAGCUUGGGGAAUUUACAAGUCCCCAUCACACUGACCAAUGCUUCUUUGUCUUAAUUUUCAGAAAUACUAUUUCUUAUUGGCAUUUCUGGAGCAGGUUGUGAGAAAUGUCAGAAUGCACAAUGGUUUUAUGGUUUAAAUGAAGGCCAAGGACACAACAUUGUCCUUCCAAAAAAAGUGAACUCAGUUUCUCAGUCUGUGCUGAAGCCCACAGUAUGCUGAUUUUCUGUUCAAAUGUCUUUAAAAUACAAUUUGAAGCUCUUCUGAUAUGCUUGCUCCUGAAGGAAAAUUCCAAAACUUUUAAACAUGCACUUUGCAAAUAAUUAGGGCUCUAGAAUUCUCCAGUCUGUGGUGGGGAAAUGUGCCUAUGGAACAUUACUGCAGAGUGCUAAAAUAUCCAGUCUAAACUCUUGGCAAUUAAUCCUGUGCCAAAGCUGCAAAUGAACCAGCUUUUCACUCUUGUUCUUCAUCUUUAAUUAGAGUUGGACAAAAAACAGGAACAUCGUGACAAAAAAUUCUUCUCCCCAUUUUUUUUUCAAAUUUCAAAACUGUUUGAUCAUCUGGAGCAUUGGCUCCAGAACAAGUGCUAUGCAUCUUCUACCUUUGUGUCAGCGUUCGUUAUAAAAAGAACUGGUAAUUAGAUUAGUCCUGUGAGCAACAGUUGCUUAUCUCAGAAUGUGUUUGACAGGCUGAGCCAUAAAUAAGGAGCUGUAUGUGAAUAUAAGGAGAAAUCAAGACUUACCAAAUAAAACCCAAGCUCAGUUCCAUGUUCUGCUAGCUAAUAAAUGCUGUGGGCCAUCCAUUUUCUCACUGUCUUUACAUUAAUGCUCAUUUAUUUCAUGUAUCACUUUUUUUUUGUUUUUUAUCCCACAACUAGAGCUCGAUUCUAAAGCCCUUGUCCAAUAAAAAUAAAAUAAAAAAUACCACCCUGGAGUUGGGUGUUGGUUGA